GGAAAACAGAUUUGUGGAGAAGGAGUCAGAGCGCAGUCUUCUAGAGGAAUGAGCUCCCUCUCAUGCCUUGUGCAUCACAGACUUUAACAAGUGGACCGUUUUUUUUACUCGCUCAAAGCUGAGGAUAUUUCUUCGAGGUUAAUCAGCCUGCUCAGCUGCACCACUUGAUAUCUAUAUUUCCCCUUCCACCUGUUUAAAUUAGGAAAAAGAUGACCUGGACGAUGAACAGCUGUUUUGUUACUCUGGCCAUCCUGUUUCUUUGGCGAGUGGAAGAAAUGGCAGAAGCCUGCAGCUGCUCCCCUGCGCAUCCUCAGCAGGCGUUUUGCAGCUCAGAUGUCGUUAUCAGGGCAAAAGUAGUUGGGGAGGAGGAAGUUGACGCUGGCAAUGACAUCUAUGGAAAUCCCAUCAAGCGGAUCAAGUAUGACAUCAAACAGAUCAAGAUGUUCAAAGGUCCCACUCAGGACAUUGAUGCCAUCUACACUGCUCCCUCUUCUGCUAUCUGUGGAGUGACUCUGGAGACCAAUGGCAAGAAAGAGUAUCUGAUCACAGGUAAACUGGAGGCUGAUGGGACGAUGCAUGUCACACUGUGUGACUUCAUUGAGCCCUGGGAGGCCCUGAGUGCCACCCAGAAGAAGAGUCUGACUCAGCGCUAUGAAACAGGCUGCGAUUGCAAGAUCACACGCUGCACCUCCAUCCCCUGCACAAUCAGCAGCCCAACAGAGUGUCUGUGGACAGACUGGGUGAUUGAGAAGAUAUACAACGGAGAGCAAGCCAAACACUUUGCUUGCAUCAAGAGGAGUGAUGACUCAUGUGCCUGGUACAGAGGCAGUGCACCGCCCAAAAAGGAUUUCCUGGACAUCGAAGACCCUUAACUCCACCAGUGUCCAGAAGUCUGAAGAUGUCAGCAGUUGAAAUAUGCAAACAUAUAAAUACAAAAAAAAAAACAAAAAAACAAAUAAAAUCAAUCAAAUUCUUAUUUUGAUUUUGUUCUUGUUAAAAAAGCUGUAGGGUGGGUGCUCCAUGAUGAGGUUGAAAAAAAAAAAAAGAUUUUUAAUUGUAGGCCUCAUGUUUUCAAUGAACAGUCGUAUGAACUCAGCACUUUGUACCACCUCUACCCCUAUAUCUAAAGCACUUCCUCAUAAACCACUUCUCCUCCAGAUGAAAUAAAGGGAUAAUCAUCACAACUCAGUAUUGCCGUUCAUUGUAUUUUUGUUCCUGUGCUAUUAAUUUGCAGUUUUUGUUUUCUCUGCUAACCAAAGCAAUUUUUUUAAAAAGUGAACUAUAAUUCUUUAAUUCAACAUGCACAUACUUCAAAGUUCAAAGUACUAUCAAAGUUCUGUAAAUCUCUGGCACCCUAAAUUGUGACAGCAGAGCUAUCAUAAGGAAGGCGUGCCACCUCUUGCCUCCUCCGCCUCAGAUUCUGUCCUGUGCUGAGUAUGCAAAACCCCUCCAUUUGUCACAAAACUAAUCACCGUAUAAGAGCGUUAUGUUGUCGAUUACACGUUGUCACCUCGUAGUCAAAAUCAGUGCUUCUGCUUUGUAGGUGUUUUCUUGAAAUAAUCCUGAAUAGACAAAAUGCACUUUGAACACAAUUGUCACUAUAGUCAUAUUGUCUCUCAUGAAAAUUAUGAGAAAAGAGGAUUGAAUCCUCCAUUUUGUAUGUUUUUUUUGUUUUUUUAUAGUACAGCUGUUCUCUUUGUAAUGCAUUAGUUUGUGUAAGAACAUAUUUUAUUUAAGGAGGUUAUAUGAUUCAUCUUUGAAAAAGAAGCCCACUUUUUUUUUCUUUUGCAUUUUUAUGAUACCAUUCAUAUUAUAUAAAGAGAAGUCUAAAUAUUUUAACAGUAUUAGCUAAUACAUAUUGUGUGCAGUAAGGAUCAAGUUGUAGGUCUGUCAUCUGUCUGACUGGUUCACGCUUUAGGACGGUGAAUUAAAGAACAUAUUGUAACCAAUCAUCAUGUUUUUUUUUUUCUUGCAGAGACUUAAAUGAUCAUAAGUGUCAAGCAAAUGUCAUGUGACUUUAUUAAUUAAUAUGAGAAUGUAAAAAGAUUCUUCAUUUGAAACUGUAAUCAAGUAGGAUGUCUUGUGCUGGUUUCACAUGGGACUUUUGAGAUAAGAGGAUGUUUGCAUGCAUAUCCAUCUGAAACAUUACUGUACAUUUGACUAUUAUAUUAAAUGCCAAACUCUGUUUCAA